CUCCGUCAUCCUCACCCAGCCACCGCAGCCACUCCACCGAGGCGAGAGUCCAGAUCCUUCCAACCCCAAAACCCUAGACGCCGCCGCGCCGCGCGCGCAGCAUCUCCGCCGCCGCGCCCAGCUCUCCCUCGCCCGCAUCGGCCCGCGGGGAUGGAGCACGACGCGCCGCCCGCCCCCUCGCACCACGCCCAGGACGACGGCGCCGUGGACGACUGGGCGCGCGACGACGCGGAGCCGUCCGAUCGCCACGCCGCCCCCGCGGAGGAGAGCCCCGAGCCCGCCGAUGCCGCCGCCGCCCCCGCGCCACCAGCGGAAGGUGUCAAUGACAUUCAGUCAUCACUUCAGUCAUUGGAGUUGAAGACAAACGCUGCUGCGCAUGAGGAUGUUCAAAUGGUAGCAGAUGAGGAAGAGGAAGCAAAGCGCCAUAUAAAUUUGGUUUUCAUUGGCCAUGUUGAUGCUGGGAAGUCGACUGCUGGAGGGCAAAUAUUGUUCUUGAGUGGUCAAGUUGAUGACCGGACCAUCCAGAAAUAUGAAAAAGAAGCAAAGGAUAAGAGCCGAGAAAGUUGGUAUAUGGCUUAUAUUAUGGACACAAAUGAGGAAGAGCGACUCAAGGUAUCUCUUCCUUAUGGCUGCUUAAUGAUCAGUGUAUUGAAGCUCUACAGUUCUUUUACACUUUCUCUUGCAUGUGUUCAGGGGAAGACUGUUGAAGUUGGUAGAGCCCACUUUGAGACUGAAAAUACAAGAUUCACUAUCUUAGAUGCACCGGGCCAUAAAAGUUAUGUUCCAAAUAUGAUAAGUGGUGCAUCUCAAGCUGACAUUGGUGUUCUGGUCAUAUCUGCUCGGAAAGGUGAAUUUGAAACUGGUUAUGAAAGAGGAGGCCAGACUCGUGAACAUGUACUGCUUGCAAAAACUCUAGGUGUUGCUAAGUUGGUAGUUGUCAUCAACAAGAUGGAUGAACCUACAGUACAAUGGUCAAAAGAAAGGUAUGAUGAAAUUGAAGGGAAAAUGAUUCCUUUUCUCAGAUCUUCAGGGUACAAUGUUAAGAAAGAUGUCCAGUUCUUGCCUAUUUCUGGUCUUUGUGGAGCCAAUAUGAAGACCAGAAUGGAUAAAAGCAUUUGUAGUUGGUGGAACGGUCCUUGCCUUUUUGAAAUUCUGGACAAAAUUGAAGUUCCUUUGCGUGAUCCCAAAGGGCCAGUAAGGCUGCCAAUUAUUGAUAAAUAUAAAGAUAUGGGCACAGUCGUAAUGGGAAAAUUAGAGAAUGGGACUAUCAGAGAGGGUGAUAGUUUGUUGGUUAUGCCAAACAAGACCCAUGUGAAAGUCACUGGUAUAAACUUGGAUGAGAAGAAAGUACGACGUGCUGGACCCAAUGAGAAUGUACGUGUCAAAGUUUCUGGAAUUGAAGAGGAGGAUAUCAUGGCAGGUUUUGUACUUUCAAGUGUUGCUAAUCCUAUUGGUGCUUUCACUGAAUUUAAUGCCCAACUGCAGAUUCUAGAGUUGCUCGAUAAUGCUAUUUUCACUGCUGGUUACAAGGCAGUGUUACACAUCCACUCUGUUGUCGAGGAGUGUGAGAUUGUUGAUCUCAUAGAGGAAAUUGACAUGAAGAAAGCAAAAGUAACUGACCCAAAGAAAAAGAAGAGCAAGAGGAAGCCUCUUUUUGUGAAGAAUGGUGCAGUUGUAGUUUGCCGCGUCCAGGUGACUAAUUUGAUAUGCAUAGAGAAGUUCUCCGACUUCCCUCAGCUUGGAAGGUUUACUCUACGAACUGAAGGGAAGACAAUAGCUGUAGGCAAGGUUGUUGAUGUGCCUCCAGUUGGCAGGUCAACGUUUUCAGCCUAAGCCAGUUUUGACAGGAUGAUGGGAGAAUGAAGUGGCGCUGUCUUGAAAUAGUUUUUGGAAGCAGCAGUGAGAUCGAUUUUUCCAGCCAGGCUCCAUGAGUCACUUAGCAUUAGUUUAUUGCUGAGGUCCCUUUAUUGAGUUGGGGGUGUAUAAGUGUUGUAGCUCUGGUCACAUGUUUGAGAGGUUGUAAAAUCAGUGUGGUUAUAUGUUCCCGCUACCCAAUCUGAUAUGAUGACAAUAUAACAGGUGUACUGUACUCCCAUCUUUUUUCCUCCCCAUUACGGCAUGCUGCUCCCAGUUUCAAACAA